GGACGACAUCAUGAAUCAGAUCACAUUCGCCAGUUUCACGAAGAGGUGUCCCUCUUGUUUCGUAAACUUCGCCAAAAUCUUCAUUCAUAUGUCUUGCAGUCGGAAUCACUCGAAGUUCCUAACAGUGAUGAACACCACGACAGCCGAGUAUUAUCCGAAGAAACAAAUGCUCACAGAAUUGAGUUAUGGUAUGUCCGACAACUUUGCGAACGGCGCCUACAACUCGUGUGUGAACGUCCAGUUCCCCUCAUCGGGCACUACUGUUAUGCAGUUAUUGUGCGGCAGUUAUGGGGCCGACCAGUGCUCUCCCACUCGCUUCUUGGAGUCGAUUGGCAAAAAGGACAUUGCUCCCUUUCAGAUCGACUUCCAUUUACUCGAUGCUAAAACUCACGCCAAUGUCAUGGAUGUGAAGCCAAUCGGCUGUAAUGAGGCGCCCCAACCCUUUUCAAACAAACCGUGCACUUGUGUCGACUGUCCCGUCAGGUGUGUGCCUAAGCCCUAUCCAACACCUGCUAAGCCAUGGAUUAUAUGGGGAGUGGACGGCAUGUGGCUUAUAAUGGGAAUCGUUUAUUACCUAAUCGUUGUGAUUAUUAUUGGAGUUUUUAUAUUCAAAUAUUUCAAAACAACUUCCGGUCGCACUCUUUUAAUUCCCGAUUCUGACGAUGAGUUACAGAAUGAGACUCUUUUGGAGACAAAUCACUCAUUUUUACAAAGAUUAUCACAAUUGAAAACAAAAUCGGAACAAAAUUUACUGAAUAUUGGCCUUAAAUUUGAUUUCGUUAUUCGGAAAAGUUUUCGAAAUUAUGGAGUAUUUUGUUCCCGAAAGCCCUUCACAUAUAUACUUCCCGUCAUAGGGAUUGUGUUACCGUUGUGUCUGUCUGUCGGUGUUUUGACUCAUUUCACUGCAAUGACAGAUCCCGUGAGCUUAUGGUCGGCGCCUAAUAGUAGGGCGCGAACUGAGAAGGAUUUCUUCGACCAGAAUUUCAACCCUUUCUAUAGAAUACAACAAAUCAUAAUCCGUCCAAAAGAUCAGACAACGAUUAAACACUUCGAUCCCAAUACCAAUAAAACCAUAACAUUUGGUCCGGCUUUUAACCACACAUUCCUCUUACAAGUGUUAGAAUUGCAAACAAAUGUGACUAAUAUUACGGCUCUUGUGGACCAAAAGGAAGUGGUCUUAACUGAUCUCUGUUUCGCUCCCAUGAAGAACCAUAUCUGUGCGACUCAGACACCUUUGGGUUGGUUUCAAAGCAAUGUGACGAAUCUCAACAAAAUGGUGAAGGAAUACAACUAUUUUGAUCACUUCGACAAUUGCAUUCAGAACCCAACCCUUCAAGACGACAGUGAACUGGAGCUGAGCUGUUCCGGUACUUUCGGUGGACCUAUGUUUCCAAACGUUGUGCUUGCUGACUUUGACCCUAAAGACUAUAAGAGUGCGCGUUCUGUGGUCAUCACUAUUAUGCUUAAUAAUCACCUCAACAAAGAUGAUAAUAAACAGGCCCUCGCCUGGGAACUGGAGUUUCUUAAUCUAAUGCGGAAUUACCAAAAUCCUGAUCUUGAAGUCGUUUACUAUUCAGAGCGAUCACUCGAAGAUGAAUUGGACCGUCAAAGCAAAUCUAGUCUUAUGACGAUUGCCAUCAGUUAUAUCGUUAUGUUUGUCUAUAUUUCCAUAGCUUUGGGUCGUUUCACAUCAGUUCGAAGACUUUUCAUCGAUUCCAAACUGAUUUUGGGUUUGUCUGGAGUGGCUAUUGUCUUGUUAUCAGUGACCGCUUCUAUCGGUUUACUAAGUUUUUCAGGCGUUAAAUCCACUCUAAUUAUAGUAGAAGUGAUACCAUUCCUAGUACUGGCUGUAGGCGUCGAUAAUAUAUUUAUUUUGGUGCAAAGCCUUCAGCGCCGGGAGUUUAGAGAAGACAUUCCAAUGGAACAGCGUUUCGGAACAGUACUGGAAAGUGUCGCGCCGUCCAUACUAUUGGCCACAAUAGCCGAGUCUUCGUGUUUCUUCUUGGGUGCGCUCACAUCGAUGCCCGCCGUCAGAGUGUUUGCACUGAACGCCGGUUUAGCCCUUUUGAUAGCAUUUGUCUUACAAAUGGUU